UCCUCCCUCCUCUGCCCUGCACUUCCCUUCUGCAUCUCCUGCUGAACAGUCCAAGCACACUGCUUCCCUCUCACACCCCACCAUUCCCACUGCCCUCCUUCCCUGCACAUCUCACUCCUCCCCACUGAAUACUUCCCACUGCAGGGAGCUGCUGAGGAGCCACAUGGUCCAUCCCUGGACUCUCCAAGCACUGACUGCCCAUCCACUCUGACCACAGCCUGGGGCCACAUCCCACUGCCUGCCCAGAGUCCAUCCAUGGAGGUGACCAUCGUGUCCCCAUCUCCUGCCUCACCCACUGAAGGAGAUGAUCUGUGUGAGACAGAUGUCACCACCAUGGCCACCCACAGUGUGACACUGCUCAUCUGCCUCUGUGGGCUGGCUGGGAAUGGGGCUGUGCUCUGGCACCUUGGAUCCCACUUUUUGUGCAGGAACAGCACCAUCCUUUACAUUCUCGUGCUGACUUUUUUGGACUUCCUCCUCCUCCUCUUUGUGUUGCCCUCCACCCUGCUCUUCCUGCUGGAGAAUGUGUCCUGCUCUAUCAUCAUGCCCUUGCAGUACGUGGGGUUGCUUUUCAGGCUGUCAGCGGUGUCACACAGCGUGUGGCUGUGCACACUGACAUUCUUCAGCAUCAACAGGUGCAGGUCCAUCCACUGCCCACUCUGGCACUGCUGCCACCAUCCCCAGCAGCUGUUGAAGGUGAUGCAUGCCCUGCUCAGGGCCUUCUUCAUCACUUUCAUCAUUGUCAUUGCCAUAAUAUUUUCUCCAUGCAUUGUCCAGCUAUCUGAGCACUGCUGGGUUUUUUACAUCUCCAUGCACGCCUUCAACCUCCUCCUCUGUGCUCCCUUCAUCCUCAUUUCCAGCAAAAUUGUCUUCACUCAUUUCAAGCAUGGCUCCCAUCAGCAGCAACCCAAGAGACUCGAUAUUGUUAUGUGCCUCAUUGUGCUCUUCACUCUGCCCCUCAUCCUCUGCCAUUUCCUGCAGGAACUCGGCUACACCGUUGUGCCCUCCCAUGUUCUUUUCCUGCUCAUCUGCAUCCACAGAAGCAUCAACCCCAUCAUUUGCUUCUUGGUGGGGAGGUGCUGGAAGCCCUGCUCUGUGGGGUCUCUCCAGCUCUCCCUCCAGAGGGUCUUUGAGGAGCCAGAAGAAAACACUGCCCACAGCCAUGAUCCCACCAUGGACACGGGAGUCUGAGUCUGUUGAUUUCUCCUCCUGCACUACUGAAGGACCCCAGGACAGUGGCUGAGAGAUUCCUUGAGUCUCCUGAUCAAUAAAUACUCACAGGAUCACCCUCCCUGUGCUGCUGCAUCCCCAGCCCCUUUCCAGGCCGCUCGGGGCUCUGAUCCGUGCUUGGGAGGCCUCAGCCUUGAGGAGCAGCCCCUGGGCUCAGCUCCUGUGGCGCUGAUCAGAAACACCCUCUGCUCCCAGCAACUGCUGCUGUCCAACCACCUCAUGGGCUUUCAUCAACAGCCUUGGAAAUUCUUGUACUGCCCUGGAUGCCACAGCAUCCCUGCUCUGCCACUGUCCCAGGAAGCUGCCGGCCCCAAGUAUGGCCAGGCUGAGCCAUUGCUGUGAGUGCCGCCCAUGCCUUGGGGCCCUGAGAGCAGCGGCCCCAAAGGAGAGCCUUGGAGCUCUGCUGGGCCCAGCAGCGCUGAGCAGAAGCUCCCUGGCACUGGGGCCUCUCCCAGCUGGGAUCUCUCCCGGCUGCUGCCCUGGGCUGAUCCCCGAACGCCGA